AUGCCGGCCACAACAGCAGAGACGUUAUCUCUGGUGACAAGACAAGUCUCCGUCGCUCCGCUUGUCCUCCUCUCAGCAGCAGAUCACUACGGUAGAUCAGCGAAAGGCACACGGAAAAGAGUGGUAGGAGUGCUUCUCGGACAGAACGAUGGUAAAAAUGUCAGGGUAUCAAACAGCUUCGCAGUCCCCUUCGAAGAAGAUGACAAAGACCGCUCCGUCUGGUUCCUGGACCACAACUACGUCGAAUCAAUGAAUGAUAUGUUCAAAAAGGUCAACGCAAGAGAAAAGCUGAUAGGGUGGUAUCACUCGGGUCCCAAACUACGGGCUUCAGAUCUAGAGAUCAACGAACUCUUCAAAAGAUACACCCCCAACCCCUUACUCGUCAUUAUCGAUGUCCAACCCACCGAAGUCGGCGUGCCAACCGAUGCCUACUUCGCCGUCGAAGAGAUCAAAGACGACGGCACCACCACCUCCAAAACAUUCGUGCACACACCUUCCAUAAUCGAAGCCGAAGAGGCCGAAGAGAUCGGCGUCGAACACCUGUUACGCGACAUCAGAGACGUAGCAGUCGGCACUCUCUCCACACGGAUAACAGCACAGCUCCAAUCCCUCCAAGGCCUACACCACCGCCUGCGCGAUAUAUCCGCCUACCUGCAACGAGUCCUGGAUGGCGACCUGCCCACCAACCACGCCAUCCUCGGAAACCUGCAAGACAUAUUCAAUCUGCUUCCCAACCUCUCGACCCCCAGCACCGCCAGCAAACCCAUCAACGGCACCGACAAAACCUCCUCUCCCUCGUCAAUCGAAAACAGCGAACUCGCCCGCGCCAUGUCCAUCAAGACCAACGACCAGCUCAUGACCAUCUACCUGAGUAGUCUCGUGCGCGCAAUCACCGCAUUCCACGAUCUGAUCGAGAACAAGCGGCAAAAUCGCCAGGCGCAGGAGGACAAGGAUGCCAAGACGAAGGAGGAGGAAGCGGGCGGGAAGAAGGAGGAAGGCAAGAAAGAGGCCGGCGAUGACAAGAAGGGGAUCAAUGGUGUGGCCAACAGCGGAAACGAUAACAACAACAACAAGAAGGAUGAGAAAAAACCGGACGGAAGCGAUGCGAAGGAGAAGGGAAGCGGGAAGGCGAAGAAGAAGAGCUAG